AUGCGCGUCUUCGCACUCAAGGUGCCGCCGAGCGUCGCCGAAGACACGCUCGACCGGCUCCUGCACCAUCUGCCGGAGGGCGCGCAGGCGCGUGUCCGCAAGUUCCGGCACGCGGACGACGCGGUGCGCUCCGUCGCCGGCCGCCUCCUCCCCACAUGGUAUUUGCGGCGGAGCGGCCUCGUCCCGGCCCCCAGCCACCCGGAGUACGCGACGGGCGCGCGCGGCAAGCCGUACCUCGCGGCACCGGGGCUGGCGCACGCGCUCGACUUUAACACGAGCCACGAGGGCGCGUACGUCCUCCUCGCUGUGGCGCGGGGCGACGUCGGCGUGGACGUCAUGGACUUGCCGCGCGACCCGGACGAGCUCGAGGCCUCUGUCGCGUACACGAUGACGCCGCGCGAACGACACGCGGUCGCGGGCGCGCGCGGGCGCGUCAAGGCUAAACUGCUCACUACGUUAUGGACGGUCAAGGAGGGGUAUACCAAGGCGAUAGGGGAGGGGAUCGCGUUCGGGCUGGAUAGGAUAGAGGUGGAUUUGGGGGACGGCGCCGUCGCGGGCGUGCGGGUUGAUGGGCGCGAUGUGCGCGAGAACGGGUGGCGCUGGGUGGUGGGCAGCCUUGACGAGGGCGCGUAUGGGUAUGCUGUUAUUUGGCGCGAGGACGAGGGAGAGAGCACGGCGGUCGAGGUCGAGACGGUACGCUGGGACGAGUUUGUUCGCGCGUUCAUUGGGAACGGCGGGGCAUGGUAG